UCCGGUGCGACGUCUCUUCCAGCGUUUCCGUCAGCAGAGGGAGGCGCGGCUGGCCAUGGAGCAGGGAGAUCAGGUGGGUCGGCGAUGUGGAGAAAGGAGUCGUUCCCCUGGCAAAGCCUCGAGGUCCGGUGGUCCUGGCCUCCACCAGUAUAGUCAUGUUGACGGAGAGCCCAGCGACCCCCACCACCUCCUCAACAUCCCUCGCUUCCUCUUCAUCCAGAACCUCCAGUCGAGUCAUGCUCCACGCUCCCGCCGCCCAGAACGGAAACAUAAUCGGCUGCAAAUCUGCAGAGCCGGCCAAAGCGAAAGGCUGGGGACGAUUCAAAGAGUCGGUCGCCAAGGCCGAGUCGUGGAGCAGCGUCUCUAAAGCCGAGUCCAUGGAGACGCUGCCCGACAGAACUAAGUCUCAGGACCAGUUAUCCCUGAAGAAAACAGACUCCUGUGACAGCGGCAUCACGAAGAGCGACCUCCGAUUGGACAAUGCGGACGAUGUCAGAACGCCGCAGGAGCAAAGUCCAGUCCAGGCUGAGGAAAAGAGGGUCUUCUGUCCGAUACCGGAGCAGAGCAUUCAAGCCCCUUUCCUGGAGCUGAAGCAGGAGUUAAGAGGCGACAUCAGAUCUUUGAACAGUCGCAUGGCAGGGCUGGAGACUCAGCUGGCGGAGAUGUUGCGACUCCUCAAGUCCAGGAAGUCGUCCGGUUCCUUCUUUGAGAUCUCGCGGCCUCCUUCCCCUGACUCAGAUAAGGAUAGCUACUCCUAAACUGGACUAGAGUCAGUUGUUGGAAUGGAACUCCCAUUGGUUUCAGAUGUCAGAGAAGAGCUUCUGACUGAAGUGUGAGGCUGUGCUGAUGGUGGACAACGAUGCUAACACACAAAAGCACUUUAUGCGUUCGUAGCAUUACUCGGCGAGAUGACAAUGACGUCAAACUGGAAUGAGGAUUGCUGAUUUAACUUUGAUCAAAGACUAACGGAAGAGUCAUGAUGGCACCUUUUGUCCUCAGGAGGGUUUACACCUUCAUAUGAUUAUGGCAAUAAUAAGAGAUGGCUUUAACAUUGUUGUUUUGAACAGGACUUUGGCACUGUGAUGAUGGAAACCGUGUUUUAAAGGUUAAUUUGGUUUCUUGGAGGUCUGAUCCACAAAGUCUGUUUGGCUGUUUAGCAUUUUAAGAAAGUUAACACACUUCAAAAUGAAAGGGGUGCAUUCAAAGACAAUCAAGUAGACAUAUCUCUGUGAUUAAUGUGGGACAUAUGGGUCCAAAACCUGGAAAACUGACAAAAAGAAGAUUAUGAUACAUUAGCCGCUUUCACACCAAGUACUUUGCCGUACUUAGUUCCCAGUACUUAGUCCCGCCGAAAUCUUUAGUCCCGUAACUGUCCUAGUAAAUCGCGUUCACACCGGAAUAAGUCCCUGAGGGAGGAUUAGGCAAAUGAAGCUGCUGACGUCACUUCUUCUUCUUCUGCUUUGGGUUUACUGGCAGGCCGCAAACAAUUUCACGGCGUAUACUGCCACCCGAAGUCUUCCGGACUUUGGGUGGCAGUAAAUCGCCACCCGAAGCCCCGGGUAAAUCGCCAGAAGCGCUGACACCUCAUCACUCCUCCGCUCCCACGAUUUAUUUUGUGUUGCCAUAAGUUAGUCUCUCUUCGUUGGUGCGCUGGGCUAAUGCUAAUAAUGCUAAUGCGAGCAAAUAAAAUGGCGGCUUCACAAAACUUUUCAGAGUUUUACGAGGCGUGGUUUGCAAUUCGCCCAGCCAAUCAGACAUAGGAACCUUUUCCUCCCCAGGAAAGUACCACCUCUCUAGCAGGGACUGAAAAGGGGGGAAAAGGUUCCCAUGAACUAAGUUCUAGUUUCAGAUUUCUUUGGUGUGAACGCAAAAUCCCAAGAACUAUCGGAACUAUUCCUGGGAAAAGUACUCCGGUGUGAAAGCGCCUAUUGUGGAUCAGACAAUGUUUUGGUUUGGGGGGAUUUAUUACAGUUAAAGGGGCAGAAUGUCCCUAUCUUCAUGCAGACUAAACACUGUGUGAACAGAUUUCAGUAAGAAGUAUUUCAUGCUUGAGACGGGUAGCGUUUUUAUAUCUAGAAUGAAUGUGAAAACAUUUGAUGCAGCACAGUGACAAUGAGACCCUAAAUGUGUCUAAUGUUUAAAUCCUGCACAUUACUCAUUAGUUUCUUUUUGUUUUUUUCAUGUUAAAUUCACCUCUGAAAGGAGCUCAAGGGGUUAACACAAUCAAAUUCAAGUUUACUUUAUUAUAAAAGCUUCUUUACUGUAACAUUAAAAUGCUUUAAGAUAAGAGAUUCAGCCUGAAGUCAACACACUGGAGAUAAUAGUACAAAAUUAUAAUAAGCCCUUAAAUUAUUAUGACCAGUUUCCAGAUUGACAGAGCGGUCAAUAAUAAACCUGAAGUGCAGAUUUCUGUCACAUUUAUAUUGUUCUUUCCUGCUUUUCUAUCAUUCCCUUCUAUGUGGUUAAAGCUUCACUUGAGCACCACAACACCUGUGUGUAUACGCUUUAGUUGUAGUUGUCUCCCACAGGAUGAAAAGUGUUUGGGUUCCCUGCUCGUCAUCGACGUCUGGAGACUGAAAAAUGACCGAUAUUGGCCAAAAAGGAUGAAGCUGAGGUAGCGAAUAUCAUGCCUGAGAGACCUGUCCAUCAAGGUUUCCCAAGGGGACGCUACUGAGAAGCUGGCUCACCAAGUCGCGGCCCAGGUUGCUGCUGCUCAUCGCAGGGUUGAAGAGGCCUCAGGUGACCCUCAUGAGGAGGAAAAGGAUGAAGCGCACAAAAGUAGCAAAGGCCACGUAAGCGAACCUGCAGUCGGAUGCCGCACUUCACUUGAGACCUUUGAGGGGAGGGUCUGCUCGUUAGAUAUGGAAGACAAAGAAGAGGAAGACCUGUGUGUUGGAUCUUUGCCCCAGCAACAAACUAUAAUCCAGGGAUCACAAAACAGGGUGAAGCAAGAGGACGAACCACAGAGAUUGAGACCCCCAGAUUAAUCCGGAUUACACCCACAACCUGGACUACAACUUCACCCCCCAUUAAAAUAUGCAUCUGUUUUGGCUCAUUAGACUGUAAUGACUGUAGCUUGUACUUCAUUCCUAUCCAAAGACAGACUGUCCCUGUGUUUUUAGUUCAGCCUGUUUCAGCUUUCCAGGUCCAUGUGUCUUAGUCUCAGAAAAGACCUGCUGCUGAUUGAAGUCUGACGAGACGCUCACUGCUGCCUCACAUUAUUCGGUCAGAUAAUAAGUUAACAAGUAGCUUUAACUAUGGAUGUUUGAUGAGAACUGGAUACGGCGCUGUCGCUCAACCUUGGUUACACGUUUUCCCACUGGCCACUUGUGGAGUUGAAAGGACACCUUGCUUUGCAAACAAGGUCUUUCUCUUGUGGAUUUUUCAAUGCAUGGAGGUUUUAUAUUUCUGGAUCAAGCAGAAAGAAGCCAUUUUAAAAUCUUCAAUGUUUCACAAUGUAAAGUCUCCGGGAAGACCAAAAACUUGCGGGAAGUGACAGCGGGACCACAUUUCACAAAAGUAAACUCAGAAGCUAAAAGAACUAUUUUGGCGUACGCAAAAUGCCUUUCAUCUUUUGGUCCGUUAUCCAGUUCUUAUACAUCUAUUACCUUCAAACAAUACGAAAGCAUCACAUGACAUACACCACAAACUGUGGACGUUUUAUCGUUCAAUUGUUGCCGGUAUUAACAUUUGUAAUGCAGAAAUUCAGACACUGUAAUGAGAAAAUAAGGUUGCUAAUCGCACCAAUCACGAUUAAAAAAGUUGAUUUGCUGUUGUUGCUGGACAUCCACUCGAGGAACGUUAAUUGACUUAGAAGUCACAUGUGCAAACUGGAGCUUCUAGGUAUUAGACAAACUUAAUGUGUUUUUUUUUUCAUUUUAUUUUUCAUAAAGUUGGUAGAAUACAUUUUGGAACGAACCGCUUAUUUUGUGUGCGUUUGUCAGUACAUUGUGAAACCAUGGAGAGUCUGGAGAAAUCAGCUUCAUGUGGGAGGUUUGAACCUCGCUUUGCCAAAUAGAUCAUAUUUUCUUAGCAGCCUCAGGAAAUGGAAUUUUCAGCAGCUACCAAUGUUGGGAAAUUGAAAUGGCAUCCAGCCAAAAAUGUCCUUUUACUAGUAUUUGACAAAGAAUUGUGUUGGUUGAGAGAGGUCCUAGUUAAUCACCAUAUCAGAUACUGGAACGUCAUCCAUGGGAACAUCUUUAUAAAGAACUGGGGCUUAAUGGUGUGCUUAAAACUAGUUUGAUUUAUUUGAAGCAUUUAAUAAAAUGGAAACGCAUUUUUCUUUUGACCAA